CCUUUUCCAUCUUUUACACACCAAAAGCGUGGAAAGUCGGGAGUGGGAAGAGGGAGGGAACACGCCAGUCUGAAUGAGAUUAGCUACAUGAGUAAAAGAACAUGUACAGUUAAGUAACGCAAUGGAUCAAUAACCAAUCACCUGCCAUGAUCCCUAGCCUUAUACCAUGUGUAGGUAAGUACAUAGUAGCAUCGCCAAAUAUUAACCUCACAGACAACGGACCACUUCGUGAUCGUCAACCGUGAGAGAAGCUGUCUCUCUUACACACACCAUCAAAACGGGGUUUGAUGUUGAUACCCCGGACGAUGCUACCCGGGAAGAUAUAAUAGCCAUGAUAGGGCUGUUCGUACCUCACUCAGCUAGACCCUACCUACAUAUCCUACAUAUCUCGUGCAUAUCUCCCAACACCAUAUUAUAUAUUAUAUAAUAGGCCAUCCCUUCAUCCUCACUACUUACAUUGUUCUUACGCAACCAAGAUAGGCUCAUCUAGAAUCUGUGAAACCGCAAAGGUAAAUCAAAUAUUGUUGUAGGGCUGCAUCUUGCUGGCGCCAUGGAAAAGAAAGACUCCAACAUCUUUGUCCCAUUCACCCGAACGAAGACGCCCAAGAAGAGGAACACAGAUGUACGCAAAGAGCAAAACAGAAUCGCGUCCCGUGCUUAUCGAGAGAAGCGCAAACAAAAGCUAGCACUGCUCGACGAAAUCCUCAAAUCUGAUUCUCAAACAGACUCCAUGAGUUCAGUAUCUGACGAGCCGGAGGGAUAUGCUGGAUCAUGGUCGCUUCAGAGCAGACAAGCAUCCAACAGCCCUGCUCCAGCGACACUGCCUCUAGUGUCGCCAUGGCCAGUACCGAGUCCAGCUAUGUCCUCGGUGAUCCCGGCCUACGGCCACGACACCUAUGAAGGUUGGAUGAGCACUUUCGAUCAGCAAGAUAACGCGUACCCUACGAGUAACGAAUAUGUUCAUCCAUACAUCCCCACCGAGACUGGUGAUAACGCGCUGGGCACAGCUGCUGCAUAUAACCUGCAGUCGAUCCCGUCGAUGGCUUCAGACCCUUCAACGCCGCCUAUACAGUCUAUACCGCUCGACCCUUCGCUCUCCAAUAGCUUUUCAUUGCAUCAUCACCAUGUUCCACCACCCCUAUUUCAGACCCAUGACGACGAUGAGAUUCAACGGCAAUCGUGGGUUGCCUCGCUGGAAGAGGAUGCGCUGGUCGCGUUGGACAAAUUUGCAGGACUUAGCCACGUUCAACAACAAAAGGCGUUAGUUUUGAUACGGAAGAGGAGAGGUUUAUCCCAGAAUGCGGCUAAUUACCAGAACUUUGAAUUCGGGUAUCCGUCCUGUCAAGCUACGCCUCCUCCAUCAGGCCGCUUCGUCAGUAACGACUUUGGAAAGUACCAUGACGUCCAGCAGGCUUCCGGGUCGCCUCUUCCAAGUGGACGCCGCUAGCAUCAUUUAUCAACAAGUGCUACAACAAGGGAAGGCUCCUUCGACCGAAUGAUACCCUUUGCAUGGCUCGGGUCAUUGAUCCCGACCAGCCGCAGCAGAUGCGGCUCAUGGUAAUCGAUGAAGGCAAAAACAGCUGAGUGCCAGCUCAAUGGGAGAAGAGCUUUAGAUAAAACGGGGGCCUAGUAUUGAUCACUCACGUGUGUAAACUAUGGCAGUAUGAGAUACAUAUGAACGGAAUACCCACCCGGCCUCGCAAAAUGUACCAUUACUGAAAUGUAUGGCACUAUAGAAGAGCAUGGAUUGGAGGAGAUACCUAAAAUAUGUCUCGGGCGAGACAUCUACGGCGUUUACGGAAGCUAGAAUAACAAGUUUCUAGCCCUGAAAGAUGGGUGAAAGAAGAUGGGGGAUACAACGUUGAUACCAUGUCUACCAAGAUACCAUUUACCGCCGGUUUUUCAGUUGAGCUGACGAAAUUGAGGAUGGUACUUUGGCUCUUGGAAAUGUCGAAGUCAUAUGAGAUUGAUAUGCGAACUCCUACGGGGAGAACGGGAGCAAGGCUUGCGCCAAAUGUACAUACCUGCAUAGAUACCUGCUACAUACAUAUACACCACUUACAUACUCA